GGCGGAGCGGGCGGUGUAAACAGACCCGGGAGCCGUGAGCCCCGGAGGAGGCGCGGGCGGCACCGCCAUGGACUUCCAGCAGCUGGCAGAUGUCGCGGAGAAGUGGUGUUCCAGCACGCCCUUUGAGCUCAUCGCCGCCGAGGAGACGGAGCGCAGGAUGGACUUCUACGCCGACCCGGGCGUCUCCUUCUACGUGCUAUGUCCGGACAACGGCUGUGGCGACAGCUUUCACGUGUGGAGCGAGAGCGAGGACUGCCUGCCCUUCUUGCAGCUGGCCCAAGAUUACAUCUCUUCCUGCGGCAAGAAGACCCUCCAUGAAGUCUUGGAAAAAGUCUUCAAGUCCUUCAGACCUUUGCUGGGGCUUCCAGAUGCAGAUGACGACGCUUUUGAAGAGUACAGUGCAGAUGUGGAGGAGGAGGAGCCAGAGGCGGACCACCCGCAAAUGGGGGUGACCUUGCUGAGGAAAAGCAUGACAGAGGAGAAACGCAGCCUGCACUAUUUGUGUACCUUUUAAGUGUCCGUAAGUGAAAGGCUUUGCUUAGAAAGCAUGAGUUUUCAUAUCUAGUCAUGCGCCUGCACAUGAGCAAGCGCAGAGGGUGAGGGUGGCUGAGGCUCCUUUGGAGAGUUCACCACUGUUUGCGUUUGGUUCCCCGGGCGUGCAGCCGCCAGCCACUGGUCAGUGUAGAUGCUUCCUGGGUGUUUGAUCGUUUUAAAGCUUGCUGCUUCCAAAGCCGCCUUUAAAUUCUAAUAGUGGAAAGUAUAGAUGGGGUGAAAGAUAUAAACGAUUGGUUUCUUGAUGCUGUUUAUAAGCCUGCAUAUGAAACAAUAACCUUUUCUCUUUAUGACGAGAUGGCAGCUUACUUAAUCGUGAGAGCAGCCCGGAUCUGAGCAAGUGCCCCUUAAGCUUUGAAGCCAUAGGUAAAUCUAACAGGAAAAGAAACUAGGAUAGAAAUAUUAAUAAAAUGAAAUCAUUUGCUUUCCUAAUCUUUUAUUCUUUAGAGAAUGUCAAGAAGGGCUCCCAGUGAGUUAAUUCAUUUAAAAUUAUAAUUAAUUACUCUAGGGAACCUACUUGCAGUGAAAUUUUUAAAGGGACCUGAAAGUAAGAAUCUUAAUUACGAGAUUGCUUGGGUUACAAGAGGAUGAUUUAAUGAUCAGGACACACAGACAACUCCCAGGAGUGACUGCUCUCAUCAUUUAGCCAGUAAGUACUUAGCAAGGUAUUCUCUGAUGCCACUGUGAGACCCUUCCACGCUUGUCUCAGGUUCUCAUAACUUAGGGUGCAAGUGUCCCCUUGACAGUGCUUGACUGCUCUGUGCAUCCAGUUUGGGCUUGUUUCAAAUGCACACCCACACCACUUAUGUUGUUGGUAUUUUAAAUUUAAAAAAGAAGAAGAUGAUGAAGAAGAAGGAGAUGACCACGACCACUUGUGCUGACAGGAGCUUGUGUGGAUGGCCAGCAUGUCUGGACGUUCUCUAUUUAACCCAGGGGCAGUUUGAAGAGUCCCAUGCUCCUUGGUGUAUUGUAGAAUUCAGCUGCUGGGUGAUGUCACACACUGGUUUCCAUCUGUGCUUUUGUACCUGUGUGUUUUAUUGUCUGGAAGAAACUUAUUAAUACCAAGCCAAGUAAGUUCUCUUGAAGUAGCCUAUUAGCAACAUCACACUGAGUGCUCCUUCCAGGGUGCAAGGUCCAGCCUUUGAGUCCUGCCCAUCGCCCCACUUUGUGAGCAUACAGCAGGGAGAGUGAGCUCUCUGUCUGGUAGGUACUGUCCAAGGCGGGUAACCUUCUUUUACAUAUAGUAGGUCACACAAAUAUAUGGCUUUUAUGGCUAAAUGAGGAUGCCUGAGCAGUUUGCUCCAUUCUGAGGUAACCUUCAAUUUUAUACACAGAGGCUUCAAAUCUAAAUUUACAUGUGUUUGAACAUUAAUAUAAGAUGAAUUUUUAUCAAAAAUGUAUUUAAACUUUGACCAGAUAUACUUGGUGUUACCACAUUAAUGGUCUCUAUUUGUACAAGUUGAGCUAAGACCCCUCCCCCUCCUAGUGGUGCAGCGGGCUGCUAAAAACUCUCCUCUUCUGCCCAGGGGUGAGGAAGAGAGAAUAUCCCUGGAUGUGGUUGAUUUCCACGGCAAACCCCAGAGGCAUCCACACAUCCAUCACCCUUCCGAGCCUCCUUCCUUCUGCUGUUGUGUGUGUCCCUUCCAGGGUGGGCCUGUGCGCACACCCGAGCCUACCCGUUCCACAGUGAGACAGAUGUGACCCCUCCCAGCCUACAGAGGCAGGCAUUCUAGUGGCAGCCAUAGCAUGGGGGAAGGGUCUUUGGGGGUUGGGAAAGACAGUUGCCCUUGACUGCAGGACCCUGACAAGUCAUGUGACUUCUCUAUGAAACCGGGCAAUAUACUUUUCUAGCUUUGAAGGGACAUGGGAAAGAGAUACUUCAUAAUUUUGCCAAAGAUGGUGUCUUUAAGAUGCUGGCCAUGCAGCUACUUUAGAAUAUGGUGGCCAGCAGUUAUCCAGAUCCCUGGAGCCUGAGGUAGGCUCUAUCCCAGGCAACUGAUGAGAUUCUGUCACUCUGAGAGGUGGGUAAGCAGAGGUCCCAGAAGAUGGUUUGUCUCUGUUGAAUGUCAGUGUCAGGCAGAGCUGCUCCUCGCCCCACUAUGCUGAAGGCUUUGGAGGUGGUAGGCAGGUAACCCAAGAGGGGAGACUGGUGUGAAGACUAGCUGGAGGGGAAUGGCAGUGAACACUUUGCUUGUCCUAGCACUCAGGAAAGUGACAGUGAAGACUUGGUAGGUAGCAGACAGAGACAGUGAGAGUAAACAUACAGGGAAGGACUGACGGCAUGCUGACCGAUGUGACCAGCUGAAAUCUGAACUAGCCACUGACAGCACUCAAGAGGCGGAUCCUAUCACUGAGUGAUCCACGGAGACAUUUUUCCCAUAUCUGUCAGGUUACUUUCCUCUGCCUGGUGAUGGCACUGAGCCAAGCAGGCUUCAGACAUCGAAGAACAGAGCCAGGGCGCAUAGUGAGGCCCAGUGCAGUGCCUAGCAUCACUAGGGGUCAGUCAGACCGAAGGGUCCACUUGGGACUCCUGGGCUCCCUGCAGCACAGGGUACAUUCUGUGUUUCCAUGACCAGAGCACAAACUGUCCGCUACGUGAGGAGAUUGUCCUGCGCGCUAGUGCCUGAACUAGGUUUUCAGUGCGCUUAAGUCAGACUGGGUCUGGGGGUGCCACCCCUGCUCAGUACAGGCAGAACCGUUCUCUAGCACAAUGCAUGUCUCUGAAUAUUGUUUCAGUUUCUUCUCCGAGCACAAAACAUAUGUUCAGGGUGUUGUGAUCCCAGACUGGAACUUUUAGUUGUUGCAUGUUAAAACUCACCAGUUGGGAAACAGUUUAAUCAAAUCUGGUUUUUUUCCAGUGAGAGGAAUGUAGGGAUGGGCAAGACUUAAUGUGUGUUGGGAGAAGGUGGACAGGUGCAGUGAGGAGUUAGGUCUCCAUCCAUCUGAGUUGUAAACAUAGCCCACCCACACUUACCUUCUGGGACACAGGACAACUUGUGUCCUUGGCUGUCUCUAGAGAAUUGGUUGCUUAGAGGAUGCUGGUAAUGGCUCUGUGACUUUCAUGAUGCCCCCUGCCAAGCCAAAGGCAUGGCAAGUGUCCCUCGCACCUGGUGGAAUUCCUCCCCUUAAAAAUAAAAUCAGCCGCUUGCCAGGAGAGCUUGCCUUCAAGAGUAUUGGCUCAAGGGGCUGUGACAGCAGAGUGUGGGCCAUACCAGCUCUCUCUUCCACUGGUGCUCUGGUGUCAGUGAAACUCAGUGGGGGCUCUUGUCUCUGGAACAAACCUUGAGGGAGAUGCCAUGCAUGGCUUCUUGCAUCCUCUCCAGAGAUGCAUAAAAUGUAUUUACAUUAGAAACACUCCUCCUUCAUACAAACCAAGUCACUUUGGUUUGAUGGUAGCUAGCGUGACGUGAGAAGCUGAGGUUUUUAGGUUUUGUACAGAGUAGCUGUAAAACUUGCUGGGACGCUGGCAGCCUGUGGUCCACAGUCAUGACCUUGAGCAUUUCCUGUUAGAAACCCCAUUCACCACACUGCAGGCUGAGAGGUUCUGAACAGUCAAAAGUGUGUCCCAAGCUACGUAGGAAUUCACGUUCAGUUUGAUUAGGACUGUGUUCAAGUCGUCUGGUGUUGGGAGAAAGCUGACAGUGUGCGCUUCAUAAACCACCUUUCUCUGGGCUUUCCUUUUUGUCUCUCAAGGUUCGGCCUUAACCAGAACCUUCUGAACUGGCAGAGACCAACACUCUCUACACAUGCCAGCUUUCUAAAAGGCACUAAAAUAAAUAUUCAGUGCUGGGCAAAUCCGAACCCAGAGUUCAGACCAGUGCUUAUUUGUGUACAAGUGAGAUUUCUCCAGAGAAGCAAAUCAGAAGGAACAAAAGCAAGGGACUUUGUUGUUUGUUUCUGUUUUUUUUUUUAUUUUUUAUUUUUUAGACAGCGAGUUUUUCCUGUGUGAUGUGUGUGCCUUCUUUGAGUCUGUAUUUCCUUUCAGAGAGCUCUCUUGUAAGUGACAAACUGUGAAAUGGGUUGCCAAAAACUGUGUCCUUUGUUAGACGCUUCAGAGGGAACUGUGUAAAUUCUCUCUGCACCUUGUCCCAUCUGCUUCCUCCUCCCUCCCAUGAGAGCAAGGACCACAUCCAAGGAUGUAAUUACCAUACGCUUGCUAUUAAAGAGCCUUCCAGCCCUGGU